CGUUAUUUUCUUGCUGUUUCUGAGGAAGCUGUGCGUUUAAUAAAGACAAAAAACAGAUGUGAGAUAUAAUGUCGGCUGAGAUAUUAUAUUUAAGGUGUAUCUUGUGAAACAGUCAUUACAACAUGGCUCAACAGCAAGGCAAUGUCUGAACGCGGACCGGAAAGCGCGAAAACUAGUUGUCUGUUUGACAAUUGCGACUGCAUCUAGAAUGGAGGAACGAAAGAAGAACAUUCAGGGCCAUAAAGAAAAUAGUAUAUUUUCUCAGGAGACGAACGAAAACGGUACCUGCUUAGGUGCCUCUGAAGAAACCAGUAAUGCUGAAGACCCUAAUUCUCGAGCUCAGACUUCUAAAGGGGAAUUCAGUGAUCCUGUAUAUAAGGAAAUUGCCCUUGCUAACGGUCGCGUGAACCGUAUGCACAAGGACGAGCUCCGUUCUAGGUUGGCCGAGUUGAAACUCGACACAAGGGGUGUGAAAGAUGUUCUCAGGAAGAGAUUAAAGAACUACUACAAGAAGCAGAAGCUGAUGCAGGUGGUUGAAGAUGGUGGGGGAGGAGACACUGCUGAUACGUACUAUGACUACAUCUGCGUGGUGGACUUUGAGGCGACAUGCGAGGAGAAUAACCCACCUGAGUUUCUUCAUGAAAUCAUUGAGUUUCCUGUGGUUCUCAUUGAUACGCGCCGCUUGGAGAUUGUGGACACAUUUCAAGAAUAUGUAAAACCUCUGGUGAACCCACAGCUCUCUGAUUUCUGCACUAAACUUACUGGUAUAACACAGAAAAUGGUGGAUGAGGCACAUGCUUUUCCAGCUGUCCUUCGACGAGUCGUUGCCUGGCUACAGGAGAAGGAACUUGGCACAAAGUACAAAUAUGCACUAUUGACAGAUGGGUCUUGGGACAUGAGCAAAUUCCUCAACAUCCAGUGUCGUUUGAGUCAUAUCCGAUAUCCUCAAUUUGCAAGAAAGUGGAUCAAUAUAAGGAAGUCCUACGGAAACUUUUAUAAGGUGCCUCGCACGCAGACCAAAUUGAGUAAUAUGCUGGAGAACCUCGGCUUACAGUACGAGGGACGACCGCACUGCGGACUUGACGACUCGCGCAACAUCGCACGCAUUGCUCUGCGCAUGCUUCAAGACGGCUGUCAGUUACGCGUCAACGAGCGCAUGCACGCGGGACUUCUUCAAGGCGUGCCUAGCACCGCCCCUUUAGAAUCGGCACCACCUCCACAGAGACCCCGAAGCAGAGACUAAAGCUAUUUCUCAGAUGAUUGACAUGUUCCCUGUACUGUUCUGUGUGUCUGAUGCCACUGAAAAGAAAAAUGUAGUCAGCAGAACACUGAAUAGAGAUUAAGGGAGUGAUCUGAGAGCUGGGAGAGACAUUUACUAAGCCUAAGGCUCUGUAAGUAUGAACUUACAGAGCCUUAGGGUUGAGCAGGAACCAACAUUUUCUCUGUGUAGUGUCUUUAUGUUAUCUACUCUUGUCACCUGCAUCUUCAAAGGUCUCACCUGGACUUUACUUAAAAUCUGUUUUUUGCUUAAACUUUAUGUAAGACUUAAGGUUUUUUUGGCUGAUAUCUGUAACAACACUGCUUGGUUAGUAUAAACUUUCAUCAUCCCUAAUUUUAUGCUGAGUGGAAUUGAUCAUACUGUGUGACUCAUUUAUUAUGGAGAUAUGUCUUUUUUUUUAUCCA